GCUCCCGGCUCCGGCCCGCCCUCCGUCUGCGGCUCCACCGACGGGCAGGCGAGUGGUGCCAGUUGUCAGAGUUCUCCGCGCUUCACUGUCUGGGAAACUUGAGUCGCUUGCCGGGGCGCAUCUGUUCCCUGCCCUGAGGUGCGCUCCGGUGGAGAAAAGUGGCCCCGCGCCCAGCGGCAGGAUGGCGCGGACCCUGAGACCCGACGACAUCAACCCCCGGACGGGGCUGGUGGUGGCUCUGGUCAGCGUCUUCCUAGUAUUCGGCUUCAUGUUCACCGUGUCUGGCAUGAAGGGAGAGACCCUGGGAGACAUCCCGCUGCUGGCCAUCGGGCCGGCCAUCUGUCUGCCGGGCAUCGCCGCUAUUGCCCUCACCAGAAAGACCGACGGCUGCACAAAGUGGCCCGAGAACAUGCGUCCGCGGUGCAAGAGAGUGAGGGACCGAGAUGUCAUGGAGCUGCUAAGGACCCCCUCAGACCUGGAGUCUGGCAAGGGGAGUUGUGACGAACUGGCCAAGAAAACAUACCAGAGGGACAGGAGAGUGCUGCGGGGUCAGGAGAAUUCCGUGUUCGUCUGCACCACCACUGCUGCCAUCAUGGGAGAAUGCAACAGCCUCAUCAAAAAAGCGGAACAGGAGGACAUGCUGAAAUUCCUGGAGAGCUCUUACCCACAGACCCUGGAGACUGUGUGUGUGGGAGAUGGCUCCACGCACAGUGCCUUGGAGAAGAAGAGCUCUUCUCCCAGCAGGGACAGCACCGCUUGCCCUGACAUUGAAGACAACAUUUUUGUGGCACCUAAAGACAGUAUCAUUGUCUGUUCUUACAAGGAUAACAGCCCUUAUGACAGAUACUGUUGUUACAUAAACCCUACCGGAAUCAACUCAGACCAGGAGAGCAUAGUGUGAAAGACGUAUACUUUACAUAUAUGUGUGUAUACAAAAACUGCAACUUCAACUUCUUGAUAGGGGAUAAUAUAGCUGACUACACUGCAUGGGACAAUUCUGAUACUAUUUCAAUUUAACCUGUAUGUGACUGACUCAAACCUUUUGUGCCUGAAAUACUCUUUCUGUAAGUAAACAAGCAUGUUUAGAGGUUAAAGAAUUCCAUUCUUCAUUUUGGGGAAAAAAAAAAAGAAAUUACAAUUUAAUUUUAUUUCCUCCCUUUCUCUCCCUUCUGUUUUCCUGCUGCCUAUUGUACCAAGCCUGUAGGCAGCCUGGCAGGAGGGCAGUGGCUGUCAGCUGGGAUCAAGAGCUGAAUCAGACUCAAGCUGUCUGUGGGAAAGAAUGUGGUGCUCUAUAGCUGAAUGAAUCUUUGAAAUACUGUCACUUCAUUUUGGGAGAGAUUGAGAGAUGUCAACAUGCACUCCAGUAGAUGGCUGAUGUCAGGGAGUGUAGAAGUGAUUUGUCCCCCUUCUUCUUCCUGGCAGGAUUUUAUUUUCCUCUGCAUCAAGAAAUCAAUGUGCUGACCCUGUGGGCUCUUCUGAAAGUCUCCUAGGAACCAGAUAGACUCAGAGGACUUUUCAAAGGCUAAUCCAUCAUCAAUAGCAUGCAACAUAGAUGUGUUAGCUUAAUUCUCCACUGGUCUUGACUUCACUGGAGUGUUUCUAACAUUUUGUAUUUUAUAGGCAUACUUGACAAGGAGAUUACAACAUGAUCAUGACACAGUUCUUACACAGACUAGAAGCAGAUGUCAGUGGACUUAGGCCUUUAAAAUAUAUUUCAGUACCUCAAAAGUUGCCUAGGGAAUAGACUUCUAUGGGUUGUGUGCAGAGCAGGAUCUUACCCUUCUGAAAAUGCCAUUUUCUUGUGCCUUUUCUAAAAUGCCAGAUGUUUCUGUAUGGGUGAUGCAUGGUUACAGUCCACUCAGAGGUCUCAAAGCCAUGCUUUGCUGUGGGGAGGGAACAGAGGACCUGACUGACGCAUCUUUGCUCACUGUUUGUGGGUACAUAGCACGAAAAUAUGAAGCAAGUAAUGAGGAUUAACCAUUCAAAAUCUGUGUCUGCAGUUAACAUGCAGAAACACAAAUCCCAGCUAUUCUGUCCAACAGUAAAUUGCAUUUUCCAUGCUGUGUAUAAAAAUCUUAACUGGCCUUUACUAACUAGGUAUCAGAGACAUAGUGUAACACAAUGUACAUGCUAAGCAGCUACUCCAAGGGUUAAGGUCUUAGGUUGCUAAAGCACAGAUUUAGCAUCUCACAAAGCCCCAGUUCCUAUAACUAAACUCUCAUAACUCCAAAAAGUUCCUGUGUGAUGCAAGUCUUACUAACUGUCUCUACUUAGCUGGUUUUUGUCAGCCAUAAAUUGCACCAGAUGUUUUGAAUUACCAGGAUAGGAAACAAGAAAAACAAGCCUUCUUUUGUAGCAACCUCAGAUGUUGUGUAGAAAGUGCAAAAGAAUUUUGCACUGAAAUGAGCCUUUCCCUGCCCACGGAGUUAUCUGCAUAUUGAAUGUAAAUAUUAUGCAUACACUUGUGUGUUUGUUUAUUUGUUUAGGAACUUACUUCAAGUAGUAACAGUCGGCCAACCUCUGAAAAGAUUUCCAGAAGGAGGAAACAAAAUGUUUUACAUUGGAUAGUUUGAUUUCUUUCAGACCAAACAAGAUGUUAAAGCUUUGGCCACACUUUAGCAUCAGGAUACUAUAAGGAUACAUUCAAAAAACACUAGCUAGUUUGAGUCAGGUAAAGCCUCUCAAUAGGUGGUUACUAGCAGCUUUGCUGCUCAGGCAUGCAGCAAGAAUACUGUGAUAAUAAAUAAACUCUUGCACUCUGUACAGACCAAGUUUUAUUCACUGAGCAAAGGAAUUCCACAAGACAGACUCUCUCUCUGGCAUAUUCAGCUCCCACUUCCACAUAAAAGCACUCUGUUGUCAGCAACUUGCCUCCUGCAAGCUUAGUCACUGCAGGACCUUAUUCUGCAGUGUACAGAGCAGGUCUUUGACGGCACUGGGAAAUCUUACUUCACAACCUCUGAAGCCAACAGCUAAAAUACUGCUGAUGAACAUGACGAGGAAUAGAAUCUUUUGCUUUCUGUUUCCAAGGAAAGCAGGUGAGGGUCUUAGUGUGUGCCCAUGUGUGCUCAGCAUCCCUGAAGAUCAGACCCACCAUGAGAAAACAGGCUACUGGGUAGCUGUGUGCUGCCUUUAACAGGGUUGUGAGCAAUCACUUGCAUAAGAGAGCAAAGCAUCAGCCUGCUGGGAACCUUGAUUUGUACAGUUCUGCAAAUAUAUAUCUAUAUAUAUGGGAAGAGGUCAAGUUUUUCAAUUUUUUUCUAGGAUUACAUAUUCUCUGUCAAAAGUUAUAUGUGGUUUUUCAAGGCAAGACAGCAAACUCUAGUGACAAAUGGGAUGGUAAAUAUCUAACUUGUGAUACAGACAUGCAGAUCUGAGUCACACGCGUUUUUCCAUUCUUAGUGUAAAAACUCGAGAAUGUUUGUAUUAAAGCAAAGUUUAAUGGGAGUGAAAACUUCCCACAAUAUAUAAAGAUAUAUUUAAAAAAUUAUGGUUAAAAUGUAAUAUUUACAAGCAAUUUCAUCCCUCUAAUUCAUUUUGCUGAGGUAAGAUUUCUUAACAAACUACAACUUUAGGCAAUAUUUCUAGGCUAAUCCACAAUGAUCCACUAAAGUUGUUUGUUGAACGUGUGAAAAUUUGAUGUUAAAGAAACAUAUUAGUAUGGCCUCUGAAAUCUCUUUCUUUACAUUUUUGUCCUUUCUUUUCUGCUAGUUAGAGAAUGAAAUGGAAAUGGACUAAUUUGGCCAUUUUAAAAAUAAGCAUUUGUUGAUUUGUUUGUGGGUUUUUUUAAUAAAGUGACCUUUUUCAAACACCAUGGUUUUGCCAGUAGAAAUCUACUGCUUAUUUUAUAGAAGAUAGCAUGACAGAAGCUUCAAGGUUUUUACGCAGAUAACAUACCCAGGCCAGAGAGCUACUAGGACUUUAUUUUUGUUCAGCUCAUGUGGUCUCUUCUGACGGCCACUAGAACUUGCAGUACCAGUGCUGACCUUAGAACAAGAAGGAAUAAUCAUGUUGCUUUUCAGAGGCAGCUUCUAGUCUGAAUUUGGCUUCAGGAUACCACAGCUUGGGGUGUGACUCUAAGCCACGACCGGAGGUGAGAGCUUCUUUCUGUUCUUACUAGUUUAAAAAACCUCUGGAUCAAAAUCCCACUUUUCUUCUCAGUGUUAUCUUCCAAAUAAUGCAUACAGCUGUAGGGGAGCUCUGCUUGUGGGAUAAAUGUCUAUUGUCAUAUACUGCUUGGUCCUAAAACAUGGGUGGCAGGUUGUACAUAGUGUUUGAACUAAACCAGUGAUUUGGACAUUCAGAGAAGGUUUGUAAGAUAUAUAAAAGUUAUUUUUGGAAUAGCAUUUGUUGUAGUGUUGUAGUAAAGUUUAUCUGUGAUACAUAGAUCAAUGGUACACAGGGAAAUUUUGUUUUUACUUUUUUUAAAUUUCUGUUGUCACAAAUAGCAUUUUUUACACUCAUGCAAGCUAAUCAUUGCAAAGUCUUUAACAGGCAGUUGGAAGUUUUAGUUAGUGUGCAGCUUGUCCUCCUGGGCACUUAGCAGUAGCUGGUCCUUUCUGCCAGGAAUGGAACAAGCGGGAGGAAAGUGUGCUCAGAGUCUCUCUCAGGAGACUUUGUCCUAUCUCUCAGGACUGGUAUUGUGUUCUUGAUCUUCAUUCUGCAGAAAUAUCCUGCUCUUCUGCAGGCAGUUCCUCCCCAUCUAAUCCAACCUCUCUGCAGUCCUGACUUUAGUAACUAUUUAUUGUGUUGUAAUUAGCAGAGUAACAGCUACUAUGAUCCCCUCUCAGCAUUUCUGCUGCUACAUACCAGACUGUUCACAGAAUGAACUCCUGCUUUUGACCAGGGUGGUAGAAUUUGACACUACAUCAUCCAUUUGAUGAUCCAACUAAAUUGUCAGUUCUUUGCAGCACAGGCUUGGAAUUUUGUGGUGGGUUAGAGAUGGGUGACUGUCAGGUCACCAAGGCAACUUGAUUUUCCUUUGCAUGUAGGAACUGAUCUAUUUAUUUGCAGAGCACAAUCAGCACAUAGAAUCUUGAGUCUCAACACGUUGCCGGUAAAGCCAUAUUGCUAGACAAUGCAGUUCUGACAUGAAGAUUUUUAAGUCCUGAAAGGUUUCUGUCUAAAUUUCCAAAAUGAAUUGUAUUAAAACAUGUAGAGGAGUUUCCUAAGAUGUAGACUAGAAGUGUUUUCUUGACAGAUUCUUAACACACAGAGUGGGGCAUCAGCUGCAAAGCAGCUCGUGCUGAACCCAUUUUUACUCUGCAGCCAGCCUGAACACACAAUCCCUACUGGGACUGCUCUCGGAGAGUUUGUUAUUUCUCUGGUGGUAUCUGCCCUUUUAUGUCUGGAAACAACACAGAGAAUGGAUCUAGAAGUGACUUUUACUGCUCUUUGGCAAACUUUCUUCAAUAAGCCUUACUGUUAGUUUAUCGGUCCUGUCAGUCUUAGAAUUCCAGACCCUCUGUGUCUUUACCAGACAAGGAGUUUCAGCUUUCAUUGGUGUUUAAAUCAUGGCUUCUUUUCCGUUCAGAACAGUUGCAUGAAUUAGCCUUGUGUCAGAUACACACAAGUGUUUAUGCUUAAUGUUUUUUCGUACUGCACCAUGGAUGGGUGCAUAUACAUUAUACAUUCGUUUGCAAGAGCAGGUCACAGAAUGCACAAUGUAGCCACAUAUUAAUCUGAGAUCUCCUCAAAGGUGUCUUUCUAAUACCUCACCUAACUUUUCUGCUUCAAGCCUAUUGUUGCAAUUUAUAAUUCCUUCCAUCCUUUAGGAGAAGAAAGUUUUUUUAAGAACAACUCUGUUGUGGCUGCUUAACACAGAGUUCUUUCAACAGAGUUAAAGUAUCCCAGGACUGUGCUUCAAUACAGCUCCUGUGAAAUCCUGGCAAUUGAAAAUUGAAAUUUUCCAGUGCUUUGCAUUCAGUAUUUCCCCAAACCAUUGGUAAAAGCCUUGAACCUUUUGUCAAUUCUGAAAGAUUCAGUUCCAGUAUUUCAAUUUCGUGUCAUUACUUAGGGAGUGAAAAAGGGUUAAACACUUUGAAAAUCUGGGUCUGUACUUUGUUCUAAUGAGAGUAGAACAGAAAAAGAAGUGUCCUUCAUGACAGCAAAAGUAACCAAAUUUGUCAGAUUAACUGUGUUAAAUUCUGGUCACAGAGGCAAUAUGUUUAGUGCAUUCUGCCAUAUGUGUAUCUUCUCUUCAGUAGCUUUCCCUGAACAGGCUCCUUAGGUGGGGACAGAGAGUGUUUUUCUGCCUGAAGGCAGGAUACAAGAGCAACAGAAA